CUCCAAGGAUUGCCCAGGACAAGAGAGACGUGGUUGGUGGGGCUCAGAGAGGCCCCUGACCCCCCAGGCUCAGGCUUCUCUGGGCUGGGGUUGUGCCUCUUGCCUGGGCAGGCACGGGGACCCCAGACGCCCGAGCCUGCAGGUCCUCCUGUGUUCUGAUGGGCGUGGGGGGCUGCCUGCCAUCCUGGGAGAAACACAGGCCAUGGGGGCCUCGGGGCUGGAUGCGGGGCUGGGGACUGUGAGAGGCUCAUGGCUGGAGUGAGGCGAGGUGCACACAGAUGCCUUGACCUGCCAGACUGGGCAUGCACAUGCAUGCACAUGUGAGCACGCACUCACACAUGCACACACACACACUCAUGGGCACGGGCACACAGCCCUGGCCCGCCCUUCGGUACCUGCUCAGGUGCUGGGUGCCAGGCCCUCAAGAAGGUGGCGGGGGCUGUGUGGGUGGCUGCCGCGCGGGGCUCCCACGUCCACAUCUGCCCCAGAAGGGCCACAACCAGCCCUUUGCCUGUGACCUGGGAGGUCUGGGAUGAGGGCCAGGGCUUAAUGAGUCUCAGGGGCACACACAGUGACCCCAGGCUGGGCACAGAGGGCAGGAGGGUCCUGGGGCCUCAGAGAGGCCUCUGUCUGCCAGGGCAGCCCAGGCCAGUGGUGACCACAGGGCGGGGCAGUGCUGGCUGUGCCGGAGUGUCUGAGGGUGGUCCCUGGGCGGGGAGAGAGUAGCAGAGCCCAAGGCCACACCUGCUGCCUCCCUCCCCUCCCUCCCCUCCAUCGUCUCCCGACACAGGCUGGCAGCUCCAGGGAGGUUUAAACACUGGCCUUGGUGGCUGAGGGAGGAGGGUGAAGAUGAGGCAGGGGCUGCUGGUGCUGGUGCUGGUGCUGGGGCUGGGGCUGGGGCUGGCUGCAGGGUCCCAGGUACAGGAGUGGUACCCCAGGGAGUCCCACACCCUCAACUGGAACAAGUUUUCAGGGUUCUGGUACAUUCUGGCCACGGCUACUGACGCCCAGGGAUUCUUGCCGGCCAGGGACAAGAGGAAGCUGGGAGCGUCCAUGGUAAAGGUGAACAAAGUGGGCCAGCUCCGCGUGCUCCUCGCCUUCAGCCGGUUGAAGGGGUGCCAGUCCCAGGAGGUGAUCUUGAGGAAAGACAGGAAGAAGCCGGUGUUCAGGAACACCUGUGCGUAUGCGGCGGGCCCGAGGGAAGGACCGGAGGGAGUGAAAGGGGUGAAGGCCUUCCACGUGCUGUCCACUGACUACAGCUACGGCCUGGUCUACCUCCGCCUGGGGCGCGCAGCCCAAAACUACAAGAACCUGCUGCUCUUCCAUAGACAGAAUGUUUCGAGCUUCCAGAGUCUGAAGGAAUUCAUGGACGCGUGUGACAUUCUGGGGCUCUCCAAGGCCGCCGUCAUCCUCCCGAAAGACGCGUCCUGUGCACACACCAUCCUGCCAUGAGAGCCAGUGUCCUCUGCUCUUUCCUUUCAACGUGUGGUCCUCCCAGGCCCCGGGAGCGUUGUUCCAGAUGUCAGGUGGAGAGCAUGGCUUGUUGAGAGGUGUUUGGUGACUCUAGGUCAUUGAUAAUGUAUCAAUGACAGAAAAUCAAGUGGCUCAAGGGAUCCUUUAUGAUCACAGAAAGAUGGCGGAAGGAGGGUACAGGCUGACCGGGUAGCGAGAUGUCAGCCAGGCCCCUUUCCCGGUGUCCUCUGGAGCACACUGCAGGCUGUUGCUGUUCCUUGUCUGCUGUGAAAUAGACCACAGGCUGGCCCAACGCAGUCCUCGCCGUGUGACUUCCCUCUGCCCUCCACGCCCCCGCCACCCUCUGCGUUCCUUGACAUCCUGCACUUUCUCAGGAAGCCGUUCACAUAUCCACCCAACAUGGAGAAGCCCCCAUGACGUGCCAGGCAGCAUGCUGGCCCCUGCGGCUGCGUUAGGGAGCAGAAUCGGCAAACACAGUCCCAGAGUUGAUGCUUGAUCAGGAGAAGCCAACCUCAGCAGCGUGAUCACCUGGAUACUCGAGUAUAGACCCUAGAUCACCUGGAUACUCGAGUAUAGACCCUAGAAGUGUAUCUAGGCGCGGCCAGGGCCCAACAACAGCAGGUCUGACUCAUUCCAUCCAGGGCAGCAUCAGGGAGUGCUUCCUGGGGGAAGUGGCAUUUGGGCUGACCUGGGAAGGGUGGUGGGUGUUAAGUCAGUUCGGGUGGGGCUGGAGGAGCAGGGGUGCAUCCCCAGAACAGGACAUGACUUCUGAAAAGACAUCAGAGUAGAGAAAAUGGCUUCUCAAGGAGAUUGGGGAUGCCAGUAUGAGAACGGCAGCGGGGAGAGCCACAGAGGAGCAGGAGGGGGUCCACCGGACCAUGGCACCUCGAAGGCUGCAGUGAAGGGCUUGGGUCUCACUCGAGGGGUGAUGACGGGAGGUUGUCUGAGAUGAACCCCUCAACUGAAUGAAUGGACUUUCUUCUGGCCAAGGCGAUCCCAAAGAAACCCUGAACCCAAGUCCUCAGCCAUGACGGGGUAAGGGGUCAGCCCCUCCUUCUGGCCCGAGAAGAGAUCAGAGAGUGGUUCUGGGCAGCCCAUGGAGAAUUUGCUCAGCUGCACGUGUACACGCUUCUCCUUUCAUGAAUACUCACGAUCCUUCUGAAGCUUAUUGGACACCUAUAUUUGGCCAUCUCCUUCAGCAUAAAUUCCUCUUCCCUCUGCCCCUCCCUCCAAGUGUCUGUUCCAGGCUUCUGGCCCGAGGCUACGCUUCCUAGCCUGUCAGAAGGGCUGCCCUGCUGGCUGCAAUCUCUUAUGAGAAAUAAGGCUCUCCUGUGUGCA